UCUUCUUUCAAAUUGCAGUCAAAAUCAAAAUGUCCUUUCUCUCUCUCUCUCUCUCUCUCUCAACUGAAUCAAUAACAGUUCCAUUUUUUCAUAGCUUGGAUUUCAUUUUAUGAACAAGAAUUUCCCUCAUUCUCUCUCUUAUCUAAAUCUUGAGAUUUGACCUAAUCUUGAGAAUCAUAAUUAGAAUUAGAAUUUGAGAGAGAUUCUACGAUUUCAGCAUUUUCGUGGCAGAAAAAAAAAAACUACGUAAGAAAAUUGUACAUUAAAAAUCCCUAUACAGAGGGAAAAUAAAAGCAAAGUGCGAAAGUGUGAGGCGUUUUUGUUUUUAAAUAGAAUUGAAUUAUUGGAUUUCGAAGCUUAAGGAGAGAAAAAGAAAGAGAGAGUAGGGAUUAGGGUUUUCUGGUGCGUCGAAAGUUUCCAAUAGACGGAGGUGUUAGGGUUUUGUAGGUGAAGAUGGCAGAGGUGAUAUUACAUAUAUACGAUGUGACCAACAGCGGAUCGGAUAAAACGAACAACACCAUUGUUCAUAUCAACAAGAUCUUCAAGGAUAGGAUCGGCCUCGGUGGUAUCUUCCACAGCGCCAUUCAGGUAUAUGGAGAUGAUGAAUGGUCUUUUGGAUUCUGUGAGCAAGGGUCUGGUGUUUUUUGUUGUCCUUCUAGAAAAAAUCCAUUGUAUACAUAUCGUGAGUUCAUGGUCCUUGGAAGAACUAACUCUUCAGUAUUCAAGGUAAACCAGAUCUUGUGUGAACUUAGUAGAGAAUGGCCUGGAACUUCCUACGACUUGUUAUCCAAAAAUUGCAACCACUUCUGUGACGAGUUAUGCGAAAGGCUUGGUGUCCAAAAGCUUCCAGGUUGGGUCAAUCGUUUUGCCAACACUGGUGAUGCUGCAAUAGAAAUGGCAGAAAAUACUGCCUUACGGUUUAAACAAGCCAAGACUGAGAUAGUAUCAGCCAGCAAAGUGGCAUACCGUUUCCUUGUGGGCGUAACAUCUGGAUCUACUGCUGGUGAUAAUCCCCUUCGCAAUUCAAACAGUGGAAGCCCAAGAUUCCAAUCAGCUUGGUUUAAAAACCUCGUCACUGCAGGUGCUAAACCAUCUAACAGUUCUGAAAUUGAGACUCAGGAGGGCGAUGUCGUUCUUCAGCAUCAACGGCAACACAAUUCUGCACACACAUUGCAACAAACAUGUCACAAUUCCGAAAGACCAUUGCGACAAAGUUCACAGCAAUUGGAGCAAACAUUGCGACACAAUUCACUCUAAUUGAAACAACCAAUGGAUCAGAGUUGAUUGCUUGAUAUGUGACAAAUGAUUUUGUGGAAGCGUCCUUUGUUGGUUUACUACUAAAAAACUAUGCAUAGUUAUGGUCAGUUAGUGUGUAUGCAUGAAACCAAAUUACUUACUAGGAUGAAACCCAAGAAGUGUGGGCCGGUAGUCAGCGAUAUAAUAAUAAGAUAAUUUAACUAUAAGAUGUGUGGUUGAUGCUCACUUUAUUCCUUAAUCAUGUGAUUAGGCGUUGGUUCUUCGAUCAUGGAAAUGAAACACGUUUUAUAAUCA